UCACUCAGUUGCCCGUCGCCCGUCGAUAUGUCUCGACUUAAUCCCGCGUCGGUGGUGCUUUCGCUCCCGUUGGUGUUGGUGGUGCUGAUGCUGAUCCACCACCAGGGCUCAGAAGCCCGAUUCACAUUACCCAGUAUUUGCCGAAAGCCGCCUCCCCGUUCCGAGGGCGUUUGUGCCAUCGAUAUUGAGGGACACUACUUCGAUCCCGCGGAUAUGGACUGCAAAUUGUACCAGAUCGGCGGCUGCCACGUGGUUCCUGGCCAGAGUUUCGGCAGCAUGCAGGACUGCGUUUCCACCUGUAUUCAUGGAUUCCGGCGUUCUCAUGACUUUUAUUUGAACGAAUAACACUAAUAAAUGCGUAAACAAAUGUUCGAGUGAA